AUGAAGUGCCAUUUUAAUGGAACCUUGCUCAUGAGUUUGCUCCCUCCAUUCCUGGUUGCAGAGUUCAUAAUGGGAGUCAUUGGAAACGGUUUGGCUCUCUGGAUCUUCUGCUUCCACCUGAAGCCAUGGAAGAGCAGCACAGUGUUACUGUUCAACCUGGCAGUGGCCGACCUUCUGCUCAACAUGGUUUUACCUUUCCGUGCCAGCUACUACAACUCUCAGAUCAAGUGGAUGUUCGGACAACCUCUGUGCAACAUCUGUCUCUUCAUGAUGGCGAUGAACCGCUGUGGAAGCGCCUUCUUCAUGAUGGCCAUCGCCGUGGACAGGUACAUACGUGUGGUGCACCCCCAUCAUCCCAUCAACUCUGUGAGUGUCUCCAAUGCAAUGUGGGCAUCAGCUGGACUGUGGUUAUUACCCAUUUCAAUGAACGCUCAUAUCUUCACUCUGCAACAUGUCAACACCACCUACUGUGAGAGCUUCAUGGUUGACACUGAACCACACCUUAAUCUGACUUGGAGAAAAUUUUCAUUUCUUUUUUCCUUCUAUAUGCCUCUGACUGUAAUUCUCUUCUGCACAGUCCGCAUUAUAGCCAAGCUGCGAGACAGACAGCUGACUCAGCAAGCAAAAAUCAAGAAGGCCAUGUGGUUCAUCAUAAUAGUGGUAGUGCUCUUCAUCAUUUGCUUCCUCCCAAGUAACAUCACCCAGGUGCUUAUUUGGCUCAAGAUCUACCAAGCUCCCAAAACCCUCACCGAGUCAGAGGUCUGUCAGUCCAUGGAGCACCUGACCUCCACCUUCUACAUCACCAUCAGCUUCACCUAUCUCAACAGCUGCUUGGAUCCUGUGGUCUACUACUUCUCCAGCCCUACCUUCAAGAACAUUUGCAGGAAAGCUCUUCAUCUUCCACAAGACACGGUUGAAAGUACAGAGAAGAAAACCAGAGAAACAGGUUCCCAGUCCCUCAGCCAUCUGUGAGCCAACUCAUUUACAUGCAUGCUUGUCAAGUUGAAGCCACAGCCGAGACAUUUCUGUGACUUGUCAAAGUUAUUCAGAAUGUGUUACUUCUCUUUUCU